UUGAUUCAGUAAUCAAAUAAAAUAAUAUUUUGACUUGGAAUAAACACGGGCCUCGUUUAGGUGACCAUUUUUCAGGGUGUUUUACGGUUUGAGAAUUGUAUAUCAGCCUAACUAUAAAAGGCCAAUUCGGCUAUUUAGUUGCAUUUGAUAAACUUGAUUUCCAGUGCUGUUUAUAUUUAGAUUUAUAAACAUUAAGGUUAUAUUGAAUUUAACGUGCAACGUCUUUACAAUGGUAUGCACUGUAUAAAGAUCCUAGAUUGUACACACAAUUUUUGUCUACUUUUAUUUAUAUAGGCUAGUCUAUACAUAUGUGUUAUUUACUCAUAUCUAAAUUUUUUAUAAUUAUCUGUGUAUUGUUGUUGUCUGUGUACUGGAAGCUUCUGGCACUAAAACAAAUUCUUUGUAUGUGCAAACAUACUCGGCAAUAAAGCGCUUUCUAAUUCUGAUUGCUCUGUAAUUCAGUCCCUCACAGAUUCUUGUCAAAAAUGUAAUAUGGCCCUACCCUGAGUACUGUUUUAUUGUUUAAUCAAGUGUGAACAAACACACACGGUUUAAGCAGUUGUAGAUUUAAAGAGAAACACAAAAGUGGGUGCUUCAAUGAAACCCAGAACUCAAUGCUCUGAAAGAGAGCAAUGAGAGAGAAGUCAGGCAGAGGCCGAUCAGGACUAUUAUUGGAUGAAUGGAGUCAGUGGAUUACAGUAAUCCAGAGCGCACUGACCGCUGCUGUUCAUAGUGCACUAGACCUGCUCAUCGAGAUGGACGCGAAGAUCCUCAGAGUGUUUCUGCUGCUGCUGCUGACUCAAGUUUUCAUUGGUGUAAACACACAGGGGGAGUUAGAGAUGCCAUGGCCUUAUGAAGAUGAGGAUGAGGUGAGUGUGAAGGAAGUGGCGGAGAAUCAAAUGCCGACGGGCUGUAACUGUGACUGUCAGGAACCGCGACCCACCGGGACUCCAGCCACCUGGACCUCCAUCAGCACCACGCCACCCACACGCAGCCCCUAUCUGGACUGCAUGCCGGAGUGUCCCUACCACAAGCCGCUGGGGUUUGAGUCUGGGUCGGUGGUGGCGGAGCAGCUUACCUGUUCAAACCAGGAUCAGUACGUGGGCUGGUUCUCCUCAUGGACCCCAAAUAAAGCCCGACUGAACAGUCAGGGGUUUGGCUGUGCUUGGCUGUCCAAAUUCCAGGACACGAAUCAGUGGCUUCAGAUUGACCUCCAGGAGGUGCGGGUGGUCUCGGGUAUCCUGGCUCAGGGCCGCUGUGAUGCUGACGAAUGGACAACGAAAUACAGCCUGCAGUACCGAACUCAAGACAACCUCAACUGGAUUUAUUACAAAGACCAGACCGGGAACAACAGGGUGUUUUAUGGAAACACGGACCGAUCCUCCACGGUCCAGAACCUGCUGCGUCCGCCCAUCGUGGCGCGGUAUCUGCGGAUCCUUCCUCUGGGCUGGCACACGCGCAUCGCCCUACGCCUGGAGCUGCUCAUGUGCAUGAACAAAUGCACCGUGGGUUAA